AUGGACAACUCGUUUGUCAAAACACCUGAAGAGGUCUGUCGAUACUUUGAUGUUGACAGUAAUUUAGGUUUGAAAGCGAAUCAAGUCAAAGAACAGCAGAGAAAGUUUGGAAAAAAUGAACUUCCUGAAGAAGAAUCCACUCCUCUUUACAAAUUGAUCCUGGAACAGUUUCAAGACCAACUUGUCUUGAUCUUGCUAGGUGCUGCUAUUGUGUCGUUUGUCCUCGCCAUCUUUGAGGAUCAAGAUACAACAACAGCAUUUGUUGAACCUGCCGUGAUUCUCAUCAUUUUGAUCGCCAAUGCCACUGUCGGCGUGCUUCAAGAGUCCAGCGCUGAAAAGGCCAUUGAUGCUUUGCGUGAAUAUUCUCCUGACGAGGCCAAGGUGCUUCGUGAUGGUGUUGUGCGUAAAUUGCGCUCUGAAGAAUUGGUGCCUGGCGAUAUUAUUGAUUUGGCUGUAGGUGAUAAGAUCCCAGCAGAUGCUCGCGUGCUUGCUAUCUACUCGAGUGUGUUCCGUGUGGAUCAAGCCUUGUUGACCGGUGAAUCUGUAAGUGUUGAAAAGCAAGUGGAAUCUAUCAAGGAUGAAGGUGCUGUAAAGCAAGAUCAGUGUAACAUGUUGUUUUCGGGCACGACGUGUGUUAUUGGUAAGGCAAGAGCUAUUGUUGUCAAGACUGGUGUAUCCACUGCGAUUGGUGAUAUUCAUACAUCCAUCUCGUCUCAAAUCUCUGAAAAGACACCUUUGAAGCGUAAAUUGGAUGAUUUUGGAGAUAUGCUUGCAAAGGUCAUUACUGUCAUUUGUAUUUUGGUCUGGCUCGUCAAUGUGCGUAACUUUAACCACCCCUCUCACAAGGGCUGGUUAGGUGGUGCUGUCUACUAUUUUAAGAUUGCUGUUGCCUUGGCUGUUGCUGCUAUUCCUGAGGGUUUGGCUGCUGUGAUUACAGCUUGUCUUGCUUUGGGUACAAAGAAGAUGGCUAAGCGUGGUGCUAUCGUGCGUAGUUUGCCUAGUGUCGAAACCCUUGGCUGCACGAGUGUCAUUUGUUCUGACAAGACUGGUACUCUGACGACUAAUCAAAUGAGUGUUUCUCGUGUUGCAUUGGUCUCUAAUGGCUCUGGUGCUAUCCAUGAAUUGGCUAUCGACGGUACUAGUUAUGAACCUACUGGCCUCGUCAAGUCUGUGUUAAACAACCAAGCUGUUACACCAACCAGCGACUCUGUUAUGCACGAUGUUGCGUUAGUCUGUUCUCUCUGUAACGAUGCCCGUAUUGUAUACGAUGCUUCUGCUGAUAACUACACUGCCAUUGGUGAGCCUACUGAAGCUGCUCUUCAGGUGCUUGUUGAAAAGAUGGGCACCACUGAUCAUCAAUUCAACGGCCAGCUGAGCUCUCUCUCCAAGGAACACCGUUCUACUGCUUGCAACGACUACUACAACAAGUUGGCCAAGCGCACUGCUACACUCGAAUUCACCCGUGAUCGCAAGUCCAUGUCUGUCAUUGUCAACGACAACACAUUGCUCGUCAAAGGUGCUCCCGAAUCCAUCAUUGAUCGCUGUUCCUUUGUGCGUUUGUCUGAAUCUUCUGGCCCUGUCCCUAUGACCGCAGCUAUUCGUGAUGCAUUGAACGCCAAGGUCCACGAAUAUGGUCAAGGUAUGUCCCUUCGUUGUAUUGGUUUAGCCAAGUUGGAGAACAUCAAUCCCAGUCAGUUCAAUUUGCGUGAUCAAACCAAGUUUGCUGACUACGAGAACAACAUGACCUUUGUUGGUCUUGUCGGUAUGUUGGAUCCCCCUCGUCCUGAAGUUGCUGAGUCUAUCCUCGAGUGCAAGACUGCUGGUAUCCGUGUCAUUGUCAUUACUGGUGAUAACAAGAACACUGCUGAAUCGAUCUGUAGACAAAUUGGCGUGUUUGAGGCUGAUGAGGACUUGACUGGAAAGAGUUAUACUGGACGUGAGUUUGAUGCGCUUUCUAAGAGCGAAAAGGUAGCUGCUAUUAAGCGUGCUAGCUUGUUCACUCGUACGGAGCCUGCCCACAAGCAGCAGUUGGUGGACUUGUUAAAGGCAAACGGAGAGAUUGUUGCUAUGACUGGCGAUGGUGUCAAUGAUGCGCCUGCAUUGAAGAAGGCUGAUAUUGGCAUUGCUAUGGGCUCCGGCACUGAUGUUGCUAAACUCGCUGCCGACAUGGUUCUGGCUGAUGACAAUUUCGCUACCAUUGAAAAGGCUGUUGAAGAAGGCCGCAGUAUCUACAACAACACCAAGCAGUUUAUCCGUUACUUGAUCUCUUCCAACAUUGGCGAGGUUGUCUCCAUCUUCUUGACUGUGCUUUUGGGAUUGCCUGAAGCUUUGAUUCCUGUUCAGUUGCUCUGGGUCAACCUGGUCACUGACGGUCUCCCUGCUACUGCACUUGGCUUCAACCCCCCUGAUCAUGAUAUUAUGCGUCGUCCUCCUCGUAGCUCCAAGGAGCCUCUUGUUGGCGGAUGGCUGUUCUUCAGAUACAUGUUUGUCGGCACCUAUGUUGGUAUUGCUACUGUUUUUGGCUAUGUUUGGUGGUUCAUGUACUACACGGGUGGUCCUCAAAUUUCUUACUAUCAACUGUCUCACUUCCAUCACUGCAGCGAGCUGUUCCCCGAGAUUGGAUGCGAGAUGUUCACCAACACCUUCUCCAUGAAGGCCACUACCAUGAGUCUGUCCAUCUUGGUGGUGAUUGAAAUGCUGAAUGCUAUGAACAGCUUGAGCGAAAACGAGUCUUUGCUCACUUUGCCCUUGUGGAAUAACCCUUACCUUGUCCUCUCGAUUGCCUUGUCCAUGAUCUUGCACUUUAUGAUUUUGUAUGUUCCCUUCUUUACAAAGUUGUUUGUGAUUAUCCCUCUCAAUUUCGAUGAAUGGAUGGCAGUCUUAUGGAUUUCUCUUCCAGUUAUAGUCAUAGAUGAAGUUUUGAAGUUCAUCACUCGUACUUGGAUCGCACCUCCAACCAUCGUUCAGAUCAAAAAAGCCAAGACUCAAUAA